UAUUGUCGAUUAGGUGCUUCACUGCAACUCGCAGCAUCUCUCAGGGAGCCACCCAAAAGCCAAUGGAGAGAGUGUGUAUGCCCGCGAUUUGUAAACCUACAAUAUACGAGCCGACCAGCCAGUCUGGAGAGCAGGCGGCUCACGACGGCGAAUAGUGGCGUUAUAACGCUCCUAAUCUUCGAGUGCACACGGAGAAAGUCAACAAAAGAAGAAUAGUACAACAAACAGCACCGUUCAGAUUAUAUCAAGCAAGCGGGAUCAGUUCAGGAAAUAAAGUCUUACAGUUCGCGUUCACCAUGAAGAAGAGCCAUCUGGUCAAAAGGGGUGUUCAGGAUGCUGUGCCGAUAUCUUCACAGCCAGACAAGGUGGGCUGGAUCCGGAAGUUCUGUGGCAAAGGCAUUUUCAGAGAAAUCUGGAGAAAUCGCUUUGUGAUGCUCAAGGGUGACCAUCUGUAUAUUUUCGAAAAAGAAAUGAAGAAUGAUGGUAAGACACAUGAAGUGUUUGACCUGGCUGAAUACGAGCGAUCAGAGGAGGUGCGCAAAGCCAAGAGUCGCAGCAAGAAGAACCACAGCAAGUUCACUCUUUUGCGCUGCCGGCAACCUGGGGCCCGCACUCCCAAUCUUGUGUUCUUGGCUGUUAGUCCAGAGGAAAAGGAGUCUUGGAUCAAUGUUCUGAACACAGCCAUUACAAGAGCCAGGAACCGCAUUCUGGAUGAGGUUACAAUUGAGGAAGACAGCCUGUUAUCUCACCCAACACGAGACCGCGCCAAGAUCCCACUUGGGCGCCGCUUGCCUACACGGGGUCAUCUUAUGGCUGUGGCCUCAACCUCUUCAGAUGGGAUGCUGACUCUUGACCUUGUGCAUGAGGAAGAUGCUGGCAUGCUGGAACAUGAUCAUGCUGUGUGGGUAAAGGACCAUCGGGGAAACCUUGACUUGUUAGCCCCUGCACGAAGGCGUGCUGGCACUGAUGUCUCCAGACCCCGAGAGACCCCUGUGGAGGGCAGGGUGAAGACCAGCAGCCUGCCCCGAGAAAGCGAACUUUCCUGGAGCCACCAGAGCCAGACUCAAACCCCUCAGCAAGGGAAGAAUCCUGUAGCCCAGGGAAGAAUUCACUGUGGCUCACUGGAUAACCCCAUGAGUCUCACAAGAGACCUUCAAGACCUAAUCACUCAGCGGCUACAGAGGACCCAGGAACUACUGGCGGAGAUCCAGGGGCAGGAGCCCCAAAGAGGACGAAUGUGUUACUACCCCCAUCUGAGGGGCGUAGACUCCCCAUGGCUGUGUCAUUUAAAGGGCUCAGAUUCCCCCCAGUCUAAGAGUUCCAGCUCUCACAGCUCAUCUCAUGGGAAAAGCACAGACUCUCCCUUCCGAAUUAAGGCCAAGGAUUCACCCCGCACUAAGACAACGGAAUCACCUCGCAUCAAAGGGAAGGAUUCCCCUCAUUCAAAAUCCUCAAAGUCACCUCAGUACAAGGACCAGUUCCGUUCAAAGAGUGUUGAUUCACCUGAUUCAAAGGCUUCCUGCUCACCCAGUAUGAAAUGCAUUGAACUGACCCAUAUCAAAGGUUCAGAGUCACCUAUUUCCAUUGGCAACAAUUCACCCUAUUCAAAGACUGUUGACUCGCCCAAUUUGUGGCUUUUGAGUUCGCCCCAUUUUAAAGGGAUGAAGGACACGGACACAUUUACUGAGUUGCUGGACUGGGAAAGCAGGAGGGCAGCGACUGAACGGUUGCUACAGGAAGCAAUCUCCUCAUGGGAGGAAGCAAGGGAGGUUCUGGCAGAGGUGAAGGAGCUCCAGGCUAGACAGAAUCAAGCAGACCAGAACCAAACUCCAGCUCCUUCAGCACUCUCACCGGACAGCAAGCAGGGAACCACCUGACACCUCCACACCUAGUCACAGUGAUGUAAACUAGUCGAACUAUUCUAAAUAAAUGACAUGAGAGAGCACAAUAAACACAUGAAUUGCACUGGGAACAUUUUCUUUAUAUUUUCCUACACUUAAUUCUCUCAUAACACAUUGUUGAUAAUAUUCAUUCUUAAUAUUCCCUUCAACACCUCAGGCCCUUGUCUUUGCACUGGAAGUUUUGACUGUAAAUUUAACUGUAAGUUGUACCCUUCUUUUAAAUAUCAAUAUACUUCAUGUAUCUGUUAUAUUGUUUACAGUUUGGAAUUAUUGUUAAAUCUGUUUACAGCAGUUUUAGAUAUGAUAUGAUUACGAUGCAGAAACACCAGACACAGAUAAAGACCUGUGGUCAUGUUGUCAUACAUACUCUCUCACAGACCUUUGGACCAAAAUGUACAUAUUUAUUUCAUUCUAAUCUUUCUAUUAAAUGACAUCACUUUAGCACAAACUUCAAAAUAAAACGACAAUUUAUCUCAAAGAACCACUGCAUUUUAAUCAGUGUAUUUUAUCACUUUAAUUCAAAGCACCAGCCAACCUAGUUAAUCACAAUUUCACUGCUUUGUCAGUAUUAACAUUAAAUUGAAAGUUCAGUAGCACACUUCCGCCUCAGAGGCCUUGUAAUGACUUGAAUAAUGAUAGUGAUUUACACCAUGAAAGCAUGCUGAUCAAUGGCAUCUUUGUGAGCUGCGGAAGCUACUUAUUAAUUACAUUUGAUUCUCCAAAGUAGUGUGUAAUUAUAUGGUUUUAAUUACAGUGGAUGUAAAGGGUUAAAGUAGGGUCAGCUGGAUGUAGAGAAGUACCCUUAAUAUACUGUUUGCUCUUUAGUGCUGUUGCUCCUUCAAGUCAGCAAUGUGAAUAAAAUAUUUUGAAGAUUACUCUAAUAGCUUGACUAGAGUAUAUUUUAAGGAACAGGCAGUCUAGGAUAAGAAUCCAUUUACAGCUAAAUUUUCUAUGCCAGAGUAGGUGUGAGUCAUAGGUCACUAAUUUACUAAUGUGGCAUUGAGCUGAUAGUUAUGCAGUACGGAUUUGGAUGCAGAAUGCUUGACUAAUCACAUAGAGUGUAUUCAUAUCACUCUGACCAGCUGACAUGAGUGUACUUAAAGGCAAGUGUGAGCUCACCAUACUGAAGCAGGCAUGAACAUGAAGCGCAUCCGGAAAGUAUUCACGGCGCUUCACUUUUAACAUAUUUUGUUAUGUUACAGCCUUAUUCAAAAUGGAUUAAAUUCAAAAUUUUCCUCAAAAUUCUACAAACAAUACCCUAUAAUGACGAAGUGAAAGAAGUUUGUUUGAAAUCUUUGCAAAUUUAUUAAAAAUAAAAUUUUUUGUAACAUUACAAAAUGUGGAAAAAGUGAAACGCUGUGAAUUCUUUCCGGAUGCACUGUAUAUUACUGAACUGUAAUAGCCUCAUCUGCUUUAUGUACAAUAUGAACUGUCAACAACAGUGAAAAUCUCCAAACAGUUAAGGUUAAUUGCAGUCACAUGUUGUCUAAUGUCUGAUUGAACUUGGAUGCAGUUAUGAUCAUAGCUAGAUCUGUUUCAUUUAGAGCAUGUUAGUAGAUCUCCGCUAAUAGUUAUUCCUGGUGUUAAAAUCAUGAAUGUAUGAGCUUUGGGCAUAAUCAACACCUCUAUAAUGGAGAAGGGUGUUCAUGAACACAAACACACUUUCAUUUGAAAUACAUUCUCUUGUCAUUGAGCAAAUAGUACAUGACUGAAAGUCAUUUAUACCAAAUCCAGGCCAGUAC